AGAUAAUUAGUUCACUUUGCAAUCAGCCUAAGUAGUAUAAAUAAGCCACAGGUGAGCUGUCUGUGUGGAGUACAAUGGAAGGAGCAGUAAGAGUGAAAAGAGUGAGAAUCAGAGGAGGCAGAGAAGGCCGAGGGAGAGGACGUGGAGGUGAAGAAGUUGGAGGAAGAGGACGUGGAGUUGAAGAAGCGAGAGGGUUAGAGGAAGUUAGAGGAAGAGGACAAGGAGGAGCAAGAAGAGGACGAGGAGGCAGAGGGAGAGGACGUGAAGGUGAAGAAGUUGGAGGAAGAGGACGUGGAGUUGAAGAACCGAGAGGGUUGGAGGAAAUUAGAAGAAGAGGAUGAGGAGGGGAAAGAGGAAGGGUAAGAAGAGUAAGACAUAGAAUAACUGAUGACAUCAGAGCUACAAUAGUGGACCAUGUCAUCAACCAUGGGAUGACCCUGAGGGAAGCUGGCCAACGGGUUCAGCCUAAUUUGAGCCGCUACACUGUGGCAAGCAUCAUUAGGACAUUUCGAAAUGAGAAUCGAAUUGCUAGACGUCCAGAUGUUGGGGGCAGAGGAAGAAUGUUCACUCCAGAGCAAGAGACCCAUAUAGUGAACAUGGUGAUUGCCAAUAAUGCAAUAAGACUGCGCGAAAUACAGCAGCGCAUAAUUGAUAAUGACACCAUCUUUCAAAAUAUACACAGUGUAAGCAUUUCUGCACUAAGUCGUGUACUUGCGCGCCACAGAAUAAGAAUGAAGCAAAUUUACAGAGUUCCUUUCGAGAGAAACACAGAACGUGUAAAGCAACUGCGAUAUGACUAUGUGCAGGUAAGCUAUAGUGUCAUUGGUUCUGAAUUUGGAAGUGCAUACUGUAGUGCUGUGCAUGGGCCUGAUGUGUUGCAUUUGUUUUGUCUUGUCCAGAGAGUGAUGGAACUAGAAGCAGAUGCCAUGGGACAUGAGCUACUUUUUGUAGAUGAGGCCGGUUUUAACCUCAGUAAAACCAGGAGACGUGGCAGGAACAUUAUUGGACACCGUGCCAUCAUCAAUGUCCCAGGACAACGUGGUGGUAACAUAACCAUGUGUGCAGCUAUAAGCCAAAAUGGUGUUGUUCACCAUCAUGCAACCAUAGGCCCAUACAACACUGCACACAUUAUUGCAUUCCUGGACACACUACAUGACAUGCUCACUGUUCAGAGACCAGAGCAUACCCGAUAUUUCAUCAUAUGGGACAAUGUCAGUUUCCAUAGGGCUGCUCUGGUCCGUAACUGGUUUACAGACCACCUAUUUUUCAUGGCACUCAACCUCCCUCCAUACUCUCCAUUCUUAAAUCCCAUCGAGGAGUUCUUCUCUGCCUGGCGCUGGAAAGUGUACGACCGUCAUCCUCAUCAACAGGUAGCCACUUACAGGCAAUGGAGGAGGCAUGUGGAGUUAUUGACCAGGCAUCAUGUCAGGCCUGGAUACGGCAUUCAAGGAGAUAUUAUCCCCGGUGCCUUGGACUGGAGGAUAUCGCAUGCGAUGUGGACGAAAUUUUGUGGCCGGACCCAGAAAGACGACAUGAUGUAGGCUGAUUGUCUUUUUUUUGUGAAAUUACUAUUUUGUGUUCUGACUUUAUCUUGCUUUUGAUGAGUGUGAAUAAACACCAAUACUUGAAGUUUGGAUCCUUGUAUGUUUACAUGACACUAUGACAAAAGUAUGACCUCAAAUUGACAUCUGUACACAGAGAAAGCAAAAGCCAGAUGUGUUUUGUAUUCAUACCAUCAGUGUGUAGUUGGCACAUUGUGUGCUUAGUAGAUGAUGGCUUGUGUUUACUGUUUGAUACGAAAACACCAUUUUUACGAAGGUGUGCAGAGUUAAUCUAGCUGUGUUCGCUUUUGCAAGAGAACUACAAUGUUUUGAUAAUUGGGUGAAAGGUUUUCUUAUUUGUGUGUAGAGUUUUGCAAAAAUAGCCA